AUGGCGGGUACAGCCGGCAUGGAUAUACUCAAGGAGGUUAUGUCACAUCUUCGAGACAGUCCACUCGUCAAGGUGAAUCGGAAGCUGAAGGAUCGAGGAGGCAGGGCGACUGGCUUGGUGGACUGGUCUCUGCUGGAGAAUGUCCCAGAUGAGCUCCUGACGCGGACCUCGAGCUGGCUCAAUCAAGAUGCACCUCAGCAAGCAAGGCGUGCCGCUGGUGCGCUGCUGGGGCUCGCAGUGGCAGACUGGGUCGGUGCUCCUCUCGAAUUCUUGGAGGUCACGGAUGAUCCCGGUGAGAGCCGCUGGGACCACGAUAGUUUCCAUUGCCACAACCCCAACACCACAGAGAUUGAGCGAGGCAUCCUGAAGCCAGGGCAGUGGACAGAUGACACUUCAAUGGCACUCUGCCUCGCUGACUCGCUGUGCAUAUGUGGACACCUGGAUGGGAGUGAUCUUCGGAAGAGAUUUUGGUGCUGGCAUGCGGAGGCCAUGAACACUCCCUGGCGACUUGAUCCCGAACGGAAGAAGCGCACCAGCUUCGGUUUGGGAUACAAUAUUGCCAAGAGCUUGAUUGCACUCUAUCCAGACGAGCCCAUUGACCCUGAGUACCUGAAUCCUGGCAGUAGUGAUUCCGGCAACGGCGGGCUCAUGCGACUAGCUCCGGUUCCGAUCUUUUACAAUCGGCCUGAGCAACUGGAGGAGGCCCUGGAUGCUGCCGCGAGGUCAAGUCUUGCAACACAUCCAGGUAUUUUGGCAACUGAGACAGCUCGCUACCUAGCUUUCCUGGUGCACAGCGCCAUCAACCGGCAGGAAGAGAUGUCGGCAAGAGAGUUCUUCAUCCAGCAAAGCGCCGUGUAUGCAGCACGCUUGGGUGAGCGUUUGGCGGAGGAUCCUGAGUGUCAGAGCUCUGCGGACUUGCGCGAGAUUCAAGCCCUCGCAACUUCCAACAAGGAGGGUCCAAUGGAGAGAUGCUGGAACUGGCAAGAGCCAUCACUGGAGCUUCUGCAAACAUUCAGGCCAUGGCCCUCCAUGCCGUCGCGAGCACCGAGUACGCUGGCAAAAGCAAGUUGCAGCAAAGCAGACAGCUCGCUGGUGCCUUCUAUGGUCUUGAGGGCAUCGAUCCCCGCUACACUGCCGCCCUUCACAAGUGGGACAGAGGCGAAAUCCUAUGCAGAGCUGUCCUGUGCUACUUGCUUGGAGAAGAAAAGGCUUUGGCUCUCUGCCCAUAGGUGCUUUGAGCUACCUACCUGCAUCUGCUUCGAUGCAGGUGGUGGGGUCAUGGGAGCACUACUGUGCUCAGACUGCAGCCAUGCGCCAGAGGAUGUGCCGGCUCAGAACUUGUCCGAUUCCAAAGGGGCAAGUCGGCCGGUUGCUCCAUCGGGUGCCUCCAAAUUCCUGACGCAGGUGAAGCUGUUCCAGCGGUUGCCUGAAUCAGAGCUGCCCACCUUAGCGAUGGUGUGCGAGCCGAAGACGUUCCGCUCUGGUGACAAAGUGAUCACUGAAGGGGACGUCGGAGAUGCUUUCUACAUAAUCCGCUCCGGUGAUGAGAUGGGCCUCAGAGAAAAGCUUGAGUUCCCACAGCGCAAGGCUGUGGCUGGUGGGGCCAUCAAGCAGUUGGAAGUCAAGCCGCCCAGCCCAAAGACGGCCGAAGAGCGGAAAUUGAUGAUUCAGGUUCUCAAGAGCAAUCAGAACCUGUCAAGCUGUGUAUCACUUACGGAUAAGCAAGUCGCCGUGCUGGUCGAUGCUGCUUGGAAAGAAAAAGUUUCCAUUGGAAAGGAACUCAUACAGGAGGGUGAUCUCAGCGCCGAUUAUUUUUACAUUGUUCAGAGCGGAAAGUUCUCCAUUUCCAUGGGGCAAAAUGAGACCCAAGCCAAGAGCACCAACGCAGCGCAGGCGGCGGCGCAGAAUUUGGGGCUAGUGUCGGCUGGCGGCAGCUUUGGCGAGCUGGCGUUGCUGUACUUCGCACCGCGAGCUGCCUCGGUUCGGGCAGUCCAGGACUCGGUGGUCUGGGUCAUCGACAGGAAGACCUUCAAGGACACACUGGCAAAGUCUGCGGAUGACAUGGUCAAGGAGUAUAUUGCAUACCUGGAUAAGGUUCAGGUGCUCGCGAAGCUGAAACAAGACGAAAAAGAAGCAGUCGCGCAUCUUGCUACCAAAAGCACAUCAGGCGAUCUUUUUUCCUGUGCAGCUUCCUCUGGGUAG